AUGACCAAUCAUCGUGAGUGGCUUACCGGAUUGAGGGAGUCUAGUGUACCCUACGUUGUAUUGGGCGAUGAAGGGAAACUGAGUGUGAAGGGGGAAGGAGAGUUGCUGCUCCAGGGAGAGUACGGGGAGCUGAAACUGGAGAAUGUGCUUUUAGUGGAGAAGCUGUCACUGAAUCUGAUCAGCCAAACUCAACUUGACAGCACGGGGUGCAAAACCUUCAGCAACAAGGGGAAGCUGUGGGUUUUCAAUGAGGAUUGGAAGGUGGUUGCAGAAGGGAACAGAAAUCAGGGGUUGUAUGAAAUGAAGCUGAGAAAGAAGGGGCUGGAAGAUGAGAAUGCCACCUACCUGCCAUCACUCGAAGGGGACCUAGCUAGGGAGGAGUUGAAGGCUCGGCUUGGUGGCUUACCAGUGAAGGAGCUGCAGCAGGAAGCUUCAGCCAUGGUGGUUGGGAUGGAGAAGGUGGAAUUGGAGACCUUGCACAGGCGCAUGGGGCAUGCAAGCAUGGAUAGGGUCAAGGAGUUGGAGGUGAACUACCUGCAGUGGAAGGGAGUAGAGAAAGAGAUUGCAGCAGCAUGGACAACAACUGCACCGGACAAGGUGGAGGAUCUUUUGGAGGAAAAGGAGAGUGAGGGAGUAGGGUAUGAAGGAGAUGAGGAACUCGAAGAUGUGGAACGGGCAGAUUCAGUUGAUUGGGUGUGGGAGAAGGCACUAACUAGUGAAGCGGAUGAAACCAAUGGAGUGGAGAUAGCAGGGGAGCAGCUAAGCAAUGAAGUAGCCGAGGGUGGCAAUGAAGAGGUGGUUGGAGAAGAAGGAGAUGAAGAAUCAGCAGCUGAAGGAGAUAGUGAUCCAUGGAAGCUUUUAAACAGUGAUGACAGCAAUGUCAAGAUGAGGGAGAUAGAGGAAUUACUUGAGGAGGGCGCCAUCGUGAUUGGAAGGGAAGUGAAGAAUGGAGAAGGGAAAACACUGGCGGAUUCCAGUGAGGAUGAGGCUGAAUCACCUGCGGAGGAGUUGGGGAAAGGAAAGAGGUUGAAGAAACCAAACCUCGGCAUGCGCAACUGCUGA